AUGUAUAAUAGAUUUUUUUUAAUAACUUACACAUUUUGUUUUGCUCCUGGAUUUGGAUUCGGUCCUGGAUUUGGAUUUGGUCGUGGAUUUGGGAUUUGGAUUUGGGAAUUGAUUUUUAUAGGUGAAUUUCAUACUUGGAGACUUCCAUGUGUUGAACUUUGGGAUGAUAUUUUACAAAAAUUCAAGGCUCUUGGUUUGAAUACUAUUUCAAUUUAUGUUCAUUGGGGAUUGGUCAAUCCGAUCAAAGGAAGAACCGAUUGGAGUGGAUUUAGAUCUCUCCAACCGAUUUUCGAUGGUGCCAAAAAGAUGGGUCUUUGGGUGAUCGUACGUCCAGGUCCUUAUAUAAAUGCCGAGACUACAGCCGGUGGGAUUCCGGGUUGGGUCACUCAACUUAAUUGUUCACUUCGUACCAACGCUUCUGAGUUUGAUGAAGCAUGGCGACAAUAUUGGAUCGAAUUAGCUGAACUGAUUGAACCUAAUCAGAUUGGAAAACCUAAUGGAACGGUUCUUGCUGUACAAAUUGAAAAUGAGAUGAUUAGAUAUUUGAGUGAUGCUCAUUCUUUUCAAGGACAACCUAAUGGAAAAGAUGGGUAUAUGAACGAUCUUGAGCAAAGUUUGAAAGAGAAUGGGAUUUACGUACCUUUGACCUUCAAUGAUGCAGGUAUGGAUGAAAACUUUGUGCGUGGUACUGGAUCAGUAGAUAUAUAUGGAUUUGAUUCUUAUCCUCAAUCAUUUAAUUGUUCAAAUCCAUCAGAUUGGAAACCUGUGAUAGAUUCUUACGCCCGAUAUCAAUCUGAUCUUGAAACGAUGUUCCAAUUAAAUUCACCUCUUUAUAUACCAGAAUUUCAAGCUGGUGCAUUUGAUCCUUGGGGACCUCAUGCGGCUGGGUAUGAGAAAUGUCAAGAGUUGACUGGUAGUGAUUUUGAAUCGGUUUUUAACCUUAAUAAUUUGGCUGCAAAUGCCAAGAUGAUCAAUUAUUACAUGGUCUAUGGAGGUACUUCUUGGGGAUACUUGCCAUUUCCAGGAGUCUAUACAAGCUAUGAUUAUGGUGCACCUAUUUCAGAAGAUAGAACAUUAAAUGAAAAAUAUAUUGAAUUAAAGAGACAGAGUUUAUUUUUAAGAUCAUCUCAAGAUUUUUACAAGACUGAUCUGAUUAGUAAUUCACAUAAGAAAACUUAUUGUAUAGGUCAUCACCAGUCAGGAUUUGUGACCGAAUUAAGGAAUAGGGAAACUGGUGCUGCUUUUUAUAUUUUACGAGCUACUGAUUCAACCUCAAACCAGUUAACAGUUUGUACUUUGAGCGUUUUGACAUCUGUUGGUCCUAUUCUACUCCCAACAAUCGUCUUACGACCCCGACGGUCGAAGAUCUUAGUGACCGAUUAUACUACACGUACUGCUUCAAGUUUAGCUUCGAAUGACGAUUUACAAAUCAAAUUACUAUAUACCACAUCGAAUGUUUUGCUUUCAGCUCAUAUAGGUGGACAUAUAGUACUUUACCUAUUCUCCGAUCAUCAGAAUGAAGAACAAGCCAAGUCUACUGCAAAUAACCAGACUAGUGUACUCAAACUUCCUGGGUACAACUCCGGUCUAUCGAUAUCAAGAUGGGCUGAUGAAAAUCCUAAUGUGACACUUCAAAAAAGUGAUGAAGAAUAUUUGAAUAUCAAUUGGUCAGUGGAUCAACCCGAGGAAAUCGUCUCUAUACAAACCCCAAAAAGUGCUGUGAUUUUAACUUCGGAAGAGACUGCUGGACAAGUUUGGAAUCCGAUACUUGAUUCAAAUCCUUCGACUGGGGUGGUGAAAGAUAGUUUACUUAUUUGGGGUCCAUACUUGGUUCGAAAUGCUUCGAUUGAUCUAGCUAGUGGAAAAUCCACUUUAUGUAUAUGGGGAGAUGUGAUUGAAGGCCAAAAGACUGGGGUAUCAGCUUAUAUAGGAGGAUUGAAGAUCCAAAACGUUUCUUGGAAUGGAAAACUAAUCCGAAAGGUAAUUAAAUCUAGACAAGGGUUUUUAAGAUUUGAUUUACAUCCCAAUGAAUUUCAUCAAAAGAUGAUAAAGAGUCAAACAACUGAUUUCAAACAAGUUAAUGAUUAUCUUGAUCUUGGGAAUCUUCAAUGGAACUAUCGAGAUAGUUUACCUGAAUUAAAUGAAGGGUUUAGUGAUGAUGAUUGGGUAAAUGCUGAUCAUGAGCUGACGGUUAGUCCUUAUAAAAAACUUUAUGGAAAGUAUUACCUUUACGCAUGUGACUAUGGAUUCUGUAAUGGUGGGAUUGUAUGGCGAGGACACUUUAAUAGUGUUUGCAAUUCUAUUCCAACUCAACUUAGAUUGAUGAAUCAAGAUUCGUUUGGGAUUAGGUUGACUAUGUCUGGUGGUAGUUCAUUUGCUGCAUCAGUUUGGAUCAAUGAUGUUUUGAUAAACACAUCAGUUGCGAUGGAUUCAAACGUCACCGAAGAUGUAUAUAUCUUCCCGCGGAAUUCGAUUAAAGAAUGUGGACAUAAUGUUAUUACGAUUGUUCAAGAUUCGAUGGGUAUGGAUCAAACUGAAGGAGGGUUUUCUGAUACGGUUAAACAUCCUAGAGGUAUACUGGGUUAUCGGUUCGAAAAUGUAGAUGAGAAUCAAGUUGACGAGAUUCAAUGGAAACUUCAAGGUCAACUAGGAGGAUUUUAUUGGUUACCGGACCCUGAUCGUGGUAUCAUGAAUGAAAAUGGUUUCUUUGGGAUCAGAUCAGGAUGGCAUCUUCCUAAUUAUCCACUUCGAAACAGUUCAGAAUGGAUCAAAUCAUCACCCAUCAAGAAUGGAAUGAAUCAAGCAGGUAUCGGAUUUUAUCAUACUGAAAUUAAGUUAGAUCUACCAAAAGGUUAUGAUAUGAUGAUAAGUUUAAAUUUUGGAAAAGUGUUUGGUGAUGUAGGUGGAAAGGGAAAGGGUAGAUAUAGAGUAGAGUUUUGGAUUAAUGGAUGGAAUAUGGGUAGGUAUGUUUCGGAUCUUGGACCUCAAUUUAGGUUUCCGAUUCAUGAGGGUAUUCUUAAUUUUCAAGGUUUAAAUGAGUUAGGAUUGACAUUAUGGGCGAUGGAUAGACAAGGUGCUAAGCUUGAAAAGCUUUGGUUAAGAUUAGAUAAGGUCUUGGAAGGUGGGAUUGGAAGAGUUAAAAGCUCAAAUCCAGAGUUUGAGAUUUCUAAAAGAUUGAAGUCUUGA